AUGGCAUUCACCAAAGGCAAUCCUCUCGACAUGCCGAGAGCGACCUUUGAUUACAUCUACCACCAUUUAUUUCUGCCUCACCAGCUUCCUGGUGCGGACGACGCUUCUCCGAAAAGCGAGGCCUCGCUUCUGGAUUUUAUACAUCAAUCUCUGCAGCGCUUCCUGCCUCGCCGCCAAGAUGAGAAGGCGGUCAAAGCUAGCAUCUCGAUGAUUGACCUUCUUCGAAGAUCGAGGAGCCCCCAGGGACACUUGAAGGAAGCUGGUGUUCGGGAGGUUCUGCAGGAACUACUGGCUGGCGCACCUGUGGCAGUGUUUCAGAUUACAGAUCAAAAUGCUGGCGUUCUUGUCAACAGAAAGUCCGAUGUGGUUCGCUUUGAAACAUUUGAAUUGUCGCCAACAAAUGAGGCCGCCAUGACGGCGCGCGGGCGACUCGUGCGGCGCUUUCCAGCGAAUGCUGUCGAGGUCCCACUAAGUGACUUUGAAGGCGAAGCCUUUCGUGGAGUUCUGGUCAAAACCUUGACGAAAAUGAGCCAACAAACUGUGCGCGAGACGAAGCCGGUGCCAGAGAAGGAGAAGCCGACGACAGAGAAAGAGAAGCAGGAGCAAGAUGGGGUAAGAGAGACGACCGACCCGAAAAUUGUGACCGAGCUGUUUACGAGCAUGCUUCGUGGAUGCGGCAAGGAGGUUGCCGUCGAGGGAAUCUGCAAGCACACACGGGAGGAUAUCAUAUGGAAGAACGGCAAGCUCCCGUGGCGACGCUCGUCUCUUUGGCUCCUCGUCAGAGUAGCACUACAUUUGUCGAUGAUGCGACUCUCCGGCGGAGACGACAAGACCUACAAGGAGUUUCUGACAUUCUUGAUGGCUGACGCUCUGCAAGCGGCGACCCAGCAGCAAAAGAUCCCCAGCGAUAUUCUGCACACCAUGUCGACAAAAGUCUCCCGGCGUCUUUGCAAGAUCCGAGAUCCUAGCAAUGGACCAUGGCUACCACACAUUCGGAAAAUUGUCUCCGACAGCUCAGAAACAUUACAUCAACGAUGGAAGCAAAUCCGCGAGCGAGAAGAGCCAUCUCUGGAACUAGCGAAGCUUUCUGAGUUUAAGAUGGAGGAAAGUACAGAUUUCUCACUCACCAACAUGGAAAUGUUUCUCGACACAAUUCCUUCGCGCAAGACGGCAAGUAACGACCGCGGCUUUCACCCCGUGUCGCAAAUCAAUGUGCAACCACAGGAUCAAUUACCCCUCGCCAAAAACUGGAAUGAGACCAACUCACCUUUCAAUCUCUUCGAGACUGAGUCGUGGGUGGCCAACAACCUCCGAGCGUGGGUCGACCAACAUAUGAAGGGGGCGGACAGUUGUGUACGGGAUCUGAGACUUCUGGUCGAAUUCUACCACGCCAAGGCAGCCAUUUACUACUCUGGUCGUCCCGAAGGAGCGUCACGGAUGGUCCUUACAAUUUCAGAGCUUUGGUGCGCUGCAGAUAAGGUUGCCACACAGGAAAUUCCCCUGCUGGCGAAUUACCAACCCCAAGUCCCGACCAUGGUCUGGCAAGCAUUACUGCUCAGCUCAAAAGAGGAAAUGCAGAGACUGAAGAGUCUAGAAGAUUACAUGCACGAACGAGAUAAAACUUCCGGGAAACUGGAGCGCCCGUCCAUUUUCGGCUCAUUCGGGUUGCCUGGUUCCUUUGCCGUCGAAUUCUUCAGCAGCUCCGAACAACACCAGAAGAUCAAGUACGAGAUCGAGUCCGAAGCCGCGCGUACACGGCAGGAAAAGCGCGAAGAGUUUCGAAAGACGAAGUCGGAAUACAUUAGUCUUAUGCAGAAGCACGCGUCGAUGGAGUGUGACGUAACGACAAAGAAGCAAAGAGGUACGACAAUUUUGGCCCAUCCUUCUUCGUGCAAGCGCUGCCGUGUCGAAGCCAAAGCCAAAGCUCUUGCUGUACACAUUCACGAGUGGCCUCUACCACGCAACGACGUCGAGGCCCAAGCGACUGUGUUCGAAAUGGCUGCUCCUGUGGCAUUCUCCGAAUGGCGCGACCUGACCAUCUACUUCAUUAAUGACGUGCUGUUGAGCAAGCCAAAAAACACAUCCACCCCAAGCACCUCGUAUGCGCUGAGAACCUACCAGCCCGUCAAGUCAUGGUACACAUCUCAAAGCCACUGCCGAAUCCAUCUCCGAUCUGAAGAUCAGCCUAAUGCCAUCAUACACAAACGAGCGACCCCGGUCGAGAGUGCCAACGAGUCGGAUGUCUGCCUCGAUAGUGGGCUUUUAUACCGCUACUUUGACGAGAAGCUGAAUUCGUUCUUCAGCGAACUGGUCGCGACUGAAGACUUGACGGAGCUAUGCACCUUUAGGCUUCCCCAGCGCGCCGAAGCAUUGAAACGAUACCAUCACCGCAGCUGGAAGGCCCCCGAUGGAGAGACGCCAAACGAAGUGAUUGCGAGUCAAUACUCGUGUCCCGAGUGGAUGCCCCUGAUCGAGUUCAAGGCUCUCGCAGGCUUGCCAUAUGGACACAGCAUACAAUGGAUGAGUGUCUUGGCGCAGCUUGCUAUGCCAAAAGUUGACUUCAACAGGCCCGAAACUGCCAUUUUCCUUCUUCAAAUGUGUCUACAGAGCGGCCCAGAGUCGGCUGUUGUCCAUCGAUCCACCCACUCCCGGCUCUGUGAUCCGGCUUUUGGGUCCCAAACACUGGAGAGCUUGACAAAGUGUGUUUUGCGCGUGGGCGAGAACUGGGAGUCAUACGUUGCCUUGUGGUCUUUUACAUCGCUGGCUGCCCGGGUCUUAUCUCUGACUUCUGCGGAACUGUCGCAGCCCUUUCUGGAUCUACUCCAAAGGAGCCGUGAGACCACUCAUAAGUGGGUGGAGGACCUACUUCAACAAGCAGAAGAUACCAGCAACGAGGAGCAAAGGAAGGAACUCUUGCAGACAGCUUUCAACUUGGCUCUGGUCUGCGCCGAUUCAUUCAACGUGUACGACACCUACCUGUUGCAGAUUUUGCGGGACUCGACACAAGCCUCGAUUCUAGUCGAAUGCUCCGUCAUCAUCAAUGACAAUGCGGCAUUGAAGGAAGAGGACGACAACAUUCUUCAAGGCAUUAUGCUUGACCGCUGGCGGCAUCUUAUGUACCGAGCUAGGCCGAUCUUGGCGGAGCAGAAUGCCUUGGGGCAAUCCUUCCUAUCCGAUGCCACUCAGCGACGCUGGCGCUACUUCAAGCGUGACUCGUCUUGGGUGAUGUCGGCAGAAACCAACAGCUGGUACCAGACCUUCGUGGCGGGGCUAGAGGUCCAUCUGAACAUCUUGACUGGCGAGCUUCUGGCCAAUGGCAUGCCUUUGUCCCGUCUACCUACAGAAUACCAAUUACAUUUUGACUACAAGAGGGUAUUCAGGGAUCUGCUGCUUCAUGUGAUGCCGAGCAUGGCCCCUGGCAUGGCUUUUUGCACCACUCACCUCUUAUACGGCUAUACGGUUCACUUCGGUGUGCAGGGUAAGGAUCUGCUUAUCCGCUUGGAGAAUGACGAUUCCUGCCUCGACUACGUCCCCCCGCGAGUUUUUACAGGCUUACUCCCUGACUCAUUCGUCCACGACUACGUGCACUGGUAUAAUAACAAGACGGGCUUCAUCGAAUUCUUUCCUCACAGCCAUCCCUAUCCAAUCGAGUCUGCUGAAUGGCACCUUGGCCGGAAUGAAGGACUCUGGAAACUAUGCCAAGAUAAUACAGUCUUUCUCCUGACGCCCUCGAGUGGACUGGCUCAACAUAUAUCGGCAUUUAUGACCCAUCUUGAAUCACCUUUGAACCUUCACAUGCUCUAUUACAAAAAGAAGAGUCUACUGGAGAUCCAGGUCCCUAGACUGCAGCUACGAUUUUUCAUGAACGAUGGAGAGUCAAUAAUUCGCUCCCAACAAUUCAGAGAUAUGCACAUUGACGUGGACCAGUCAAUUGGUACACUUGUGGGGCUGAAAAGCAAGCUCGUGCUGCGAAGUAGUCAAGAUCCACCAAAAAGGACACUGAUCGUCCCCGAGGGUGAUGUUGAAUUCAAGAGGCAAGGGACUGACGGACCUCUCGAUCAUGUUGCUGUUUCCCUGCAACAUGGCACCGCUCGUCGUGUUCAAGCUUACCAGGUAGAUGAGCUUCUUGGCAGGUUUGUGGCCAACACGAAGCUCGAGAGCAAGCUCUUCCUCGCCUAUCUCCACGCCCUGACUUCUUUCUUCGCAUACUCUACCGAGAAUGACGAGCAGAUUACCCAAGCUCUUCUCAUGCUGGCUUUAUCUCCUGCUGUCGCAGCAGCCUCACUGCCUGCGGGAGACGCUCACGACCUGUCCAGAGGCUUCAUUUUGGAACCCGCUGUAAUAGAAGCCUCGGCCGCUUUCAAAUCCAACGCCAGGAACGGCGCAGACGGCAAAGCAGGUGCGCGGCCGAAAAAGGCAGAGGGCAAGACUGGGAACCAAUUCCAGAGAGACUACGGGAAGGAAAAAAGGGACGCCGUCAACAUCUACCGCGAGAAACUCACCCGACAAUGGCCCUGCCAGGCUCCGAAACCGCCGGGCGACUAUCACAUGGAGGCCUACGUUGAUGUUGCGCGGUCCAUGAAGUCGGUCCUUCCGCCUUGGAGAAUGUGGUGGGCCAACAAGAACUUUAAAGAGUAUCUUGCGGAUUUUACCACGGCUCUGCAGCAGAUUUCGAUGGUAGCCGCCACAGAAAAUGGGCCCUUUCUGGCAGCUGCGGUCUCCGCGGAUUAUCACACCAAGAAAACUGUCCCAAUCAUCGACAUAUUCUGUCAGACAGCACCUGAUCCCGCUAGCAUCCCAGCACAGGCCCUCGAGAACCUUGUUCAGAAAGUCGAGGCCGAAGUAGGCGAAACGGAAAAGUUGGCACAGACAAUCGACAUUCUUGACUCUAGGGCAAGCCGACAAUACGAGCAAAAGUAUUUGGACGCGUUGCGACAGAGUUUGUCAAGCUUCAAGACGUACAGCAGCAACCAUCUCUCCCAAGACAAGAAAUUUGCCACUCUAUUCCGGCAGCAUCUAGAACGAUGCAUCGGCCGCUAUGAGCUCGUCUACAAUUCUCUGCUCAGAGCUGUGCAGCCGUUUUCCAAGUCAGAGCCGUCCAACCCUGGGGAUUUCGUGGCUGCCAUCCUCUACACGGCGAGUUUCCAACCCAGAAUUUCUCCCGUCUUCUUCCUCCAGCAACUCAAAAAUUCAAACUGGUCGAAGCUGUCCACGGCUUGGAGAGAUGCCAUUAUAGAGUAUGGCCUCGCGGUCUUGACCUUGCAGAAAGCCAAGCGGCUUAUUCGAUUCCAGAAUGAUCCCGUCGAUCUUCUUCGUGAGCUUGAAAACGGCGACCACGCGGAAUGGAACCCGACAGAGAACCCAGAAUGGCUGCUCCUCGAGUGCGAAAGCGACAUUAUGAUCCGGUCGGCCCAAACUCAAAUAGCGCGACAAAUGAUCCAACCUCCCGAUGGAAGCAACGCCGUGAUGCAAUUGAACAUGGGAGAAGGGAAGUCUUCCGUCAUUGUUCCAAUUGUCUCGACAGCUCUUGCUGAUGGGUCAAAGCUAGUUCGUGUCAUUGCAGCCAAGGCGCAGGCCAAGCAGAUGCGCCAAAUGCUAGUUGUCAAGAUCUCUGGCCUUCUUGAUCGGCCAGUGUAUCAGCUGCCCUUUUCCAGAGAUGUUCAACUGGACAAUGAAAAGGCCGAGGCAAUUCAUCGACUGCUAGUCCAAUGUCAGAACGAAGGUGGUGUUUUGCUCGUUCAGCCAGAGCAUCUUUUGUCAUUGCAGCUGAUGGAGUUAGAGCUCGAGCUCAGUGGACACUCCUCCAUCUCUCAGCAAAUCAUGCAAGUUCGAAAAUUCUUUGACGACUCGUCCAGAGACAUUGUUGAUGAAAGCGACGAAAACUUUAGCGUCAAGUUUGAGCUCACGUAUACGCUCGGAAAGCAGCAGGCGUUGGAGCACAGCCCAUACCGAUGGAUUAUUGUGCAAGAAGUCCUGAGUCUGGUUCGUCGCUUCGCCCCGGAAGUGGCAGCCGAAUUCCCAUUGUCGAUGGAGUUUGACAACCGCCAUGACGAACGCUUCCCGCGGAUCCGAAUCCUGCGCCAAGAUGCAGAAAAGACGAUGUUUGACAGCAUCGCCGACUUUAUUUGUGAGACUGGCAUGACUGGAUUCCCAAUUGCGCGCCAGCCCCCGAAAAUUCGAAACGCCGCUCGGAAAUACAUUACGAAAUGGGAUUUGACUGCUGAGGAAUGCCAAGAUGUUGAGCAUGGGCAAUUUUGGAACGAGUCAACCGCGAACCACAUUCUUCUCUUGCGUGGGCUGCUUGCCGGUGGAGUUCUUGCCUUUGCGCUCGGUCGAAAGCGCUGGAGAGUCAAUUACGGCCUCGACCCGACUCGAGAGAAAAACACCAGGCUCGCUGUUCCCUACCAAGCCAAGGACAGCCCGUCAGCUCGAUCCGAGUUCAGCCACCCUGACAUUGUCAUUGUGCUCACCUGCCUGACGUAUUAUUACGGCGGACUCGAAGAUCAGGCUCUAUUUGACUCUCUGGAGAUUCUUGUCCGGUCGGAUAACGCGGAACUCGAGUAUUCUGCCUGGGUACACACGGCGCCGAAUCUACCACAGGCAUACAAGCUUCUCCAAGGAGUUAACCUCAGGGAUCGGGUGCAGUGCUCGUCGACCAUAUUCCCACACCUUCGUUACUCCAAGGGUGCCAUUGACUACUACCUUUGCCGAAUGGUCUUUAACAAGUCUUGCCAGGAGUUUCCGCACAAGCUUUCGGCUUCGGGCUGGGAUCUCGGCAAGACGAAGAGAUGCCCGACAACGGGUUUCAGCGGAACGAACGACUCCAGAUAUGUCCUUCCACUUGGCAUGAAACAGCUGGAUCUUCCCGAGCAGAGUCAUACCAACGCGCUCGUACUCAGCAACCUAUUGCGACCAGAGAAUAGCAUUGCUACAAUGCCAGCGGAGAUGAUGGGCACGACUUUUGACAGCCAAUCACUUUUGAGCUUGCUUCUGGCGAGGAAGUCCAAGCCGCGUGUGAUAUUGGAUGUUGGUGCCCAGAUUAUUGAUCGCACAAAUGUCGAGAUGGCAAGAGCGUGGCUUGGCCACUACGAAUUGGAUGAAAACACGCAAGCAGUCAUCUUCUUCAACGAUUUUGACGAAAUCAUGGUGCUGGAUGAAAGUGGCCAAAUUGAGGAACUGCAAACUUCGCCGUUUGCCGAUCGGCUGGAGCAGUGCCUGGUCUUCCUCGACGAAGUGCACACGCGAGGCACAGAUCUCAGACUACCCGCAGACUACCAAGCUGUCGUCACUUUGGGCGCGCACGUAACAAAGGACAGACUGGCGCAGGCGUGCAUGAGAAUGCGUAAGCUCGGAAGAGGUCAGAGUGUGGUGUUUUUUGUCCCGCGCGAGAUUGAGCAUGACAUUUGCCUGCUUCGCGGCGAUCAAGGGUCUGCGUCAUCGCCCGAUAUCACCGUGUCGGAUGUGCUGUGCUGGGCCAUUACAGAAACAUGCAAAGAUCUGCGACGUGCGGUACCACUGUGGCUGAAUCAAGGGCUUCGCUUCACCAAACAGCAAGCCCUUUGGGAUGGUCUUGCUGAUCCAGACAAUCACACCAGUCGACAGGAUUGCGCCAAGCACUUCAUGGACGAAGAGAGCCAAAGUCUCGACAAGCGAUAUCGCCCGAAGCAAGCCGACGCAAACAUUGCUUCCCUGAUCAAUGCUCUGAACUCAAAUGUCGCAGAGGAAUUUAGAACCCGCUGCUCGGAGUUUGGUCUGGGUGCCCUUCCCGAAGCCUCGUUCAACGAAGAGCAGGAGCGAGAGCUGGCGCCUGAAAAGGAAAUGGAACGUGUAGUCGAGCGGCCACCGCGUGUGGAACCGGCAGAGCAUCGAAUGCAUCCGGGUCUGCACGAUUUCAUUGUUCAUGGCGUGCAGGCUGAGGAUCCGUUUCUGCCGGCUUUCAUGACGCUCAAGACGACGUCGGCCGCGAAUCACCUCGAUGUGUCUGAAUUCUCCAACAACAUCCUAGUCACACAAGACUUUGCCGCCACAGUCAGCGAAGUCUUUGGCUUUGACACAAAUGCCGACGCUUUCCAGAAACCCGUACAAUGGAUCUUGACCACCCAACGUGACCCCAACAUUCUCCUCAUCGUCAGUCCCUACGAGGUGCAGCAACUACUACCGACCAUGGAGCAGUCCCUACACACCACACUCCACAUCUACUCCCCCCGAGUGAACCUGGGGCACGAGCCCAUCGACGACCUGAAUCUCUACAAAGUCUCCCGCGUCAAGGAAGCCGACCGCCGGCCCGUCUCGCGACACGCCAUCAGCUGCCUGGGCCUGUUCUCCGGCCAGCUCUACCUCUCCUCCUUUGACGACUACGUGCAGCUGUGUGACGCGCUCGGCCUCGCCUGGAAGCCCGCCAACGACCAGGUCACGCUCGGGCCGGACGGCUUCAUACCCCCCGGGCCGGAUGGAGGCAACGGUGGCGACGGCGACAUUGUGAAUCGCUCUGGCUUCUCCAAGAGCCCCGCGCGGUUCCUGACGGUGCUCAUUGCCAAGAUACGGCUGGAUAGCGAGCAUUUUGACAAGACGCACAUGGGGAGGAUAUUGGCAGGUGUGCGGCUGUUGAAGAGUGAUUUCGAGUCUAUUUAG